AUGUGCCGACAACUGACUGCACCAUGGGCCCGGGAGAAAGGCAAAACAAGUGGUAGCGCACACUUCGAGAAGUACGAAGCUGCUCUCAACCAUCAGUCGCAGCUGUUAGAGACAGGCAUCUAUACUAUUGAGGACUUGAGGGCAAAAGGCUUAGAAGAGGGCUUCGGCUGGUGUCCAUACUAUGCAGCCCGACGUCUUAUCCAUGCAGCCAGCGUGGUAGUUCUCAACUACCAGUACGUCUUAGACCCGAAGGUCUCCCUGGCUUCCUCACUAGGAGGGGCUCCAAGCUUGCCUGGUGCCCGUCGCCAAGGUCCCGCCACUGCAACUGAACCAAGCAUUGUGGUCUUUGAUGAGGUUCGCCUAGCUGAUCAACUCUUUGCCCCUGCAAUGUGUCAGCUUUGGUUGCUGGAGACGCCUUCAGCGCUGGCAAAUGAACACUCAAUCCGAUGCAUCAUCACAAGGCACGGCUGCAGCAAGAUCCCGCCGCAGCGACAGGCACCUCAAGUAUCACAUAAGUGA